CAAAAAGGGGGUUGGAAAAAAGAAAAACAUUCAAGUCACUGAAAACCCCAUGAAGUCCAGUUAAAUCAGUUAAUACGAAAUGGGAAAAGCAUGGUAUGGCUAUAAAUCUGCCCAGAGUAUACCAUCCACAAAAACAGACUGAUCGUGCAAGAGGAAGAUGAGUGAGGGAGGCCAUUAAGAGACCUACAUUAACUCUGAAGGAGUUACACGCUACAGUGGUUAGAUUGGAGAGACUGAGCAGACAACAACCGUUGCCAGAGGGCUUCACCUGUCACUGUGUGGCCUUGAUCAAGUCACUUCAUCUGCCUGUGCCCUAGCUGGAAACACAAUAGAAAUGCAACCAGUUGUACCUCAAAUGUUGUAAGUCAUUUUGGAUAAAGGAGUCGACUAAAUAAGUUACAAAGUACACUGAGGUAAAUAUCAGUGUCCAGAUGUGCAAAGCUAUACAGAGAGACCUGUGCACACAGACUAAAGACUGACUUGUUAGUCAAAGGUACAACUGCUAAAUACUGAUAUGAAGGGGGUAAAUACUUAUGAGAUUAAUUACAUUUUGUUUCAUAUUUGUAUUUUGAUUAGAUUAACUGUAUGGGGAAAUUCAGAAUAAGACUAGAAAUCUGUUUCAACAUUAAAAAGCCUUUUUCUUUUGACAGUGUCAAAAAGCUAAAUUACAUCAAUUGUCAUUCAAUGUUGUAUAACAGCAGAAUGUGACAGCUCUCAGAAGCCAAACCAAAUGCUCCUGUGUAAUGUAAAUCCAAGCUAGGGGGAGGUGAUGGUGAUGGUGGUUUGGGGGCACCCCACUCCAGAUCUUUGAUCAAUCGUCAAUCAUUUGAGGCACUCGCCUCCAAAGGAGACCCCAACCCCGAACCAUAGGUUGAUUGUCGGGAAGUAUCUUCUCACUUUGAUGAUGUUUUAUUUAUUACUCUCUAUACUAUAGACUUUAAGAUGCUACAUUUAAUAAUGUAAGACAUUGUGUAUGAUUUGAUUGACAAUGACCAUACAGAAUGCAUUCUGUUGCGCUAUUAGUACAUGUUCCCAACCUAUUUAUGCACUUUCCUUUAAUUAUUUGUUAACCAUAUUUACCAAAUCGUUUAUUUUACUUUACUUACUUAUAUACAGCUGAUAACCUACACAAUUUAGACUGACAUACUGUGUAUCAAUAAGAUAAAAUACACUUUUCAUAAUUAUAGAAGAUAAUUGCCAUCCGUUCAUGCCAUGAACAUCCUCUGCCCAGCUGAAGGUCAUAGACUAUGGAGGGUGGAAGCAGCCCAGAGUGAGGCCCUAUAGAACACACGCAGCCGCUAACCCACCUAACCUAUACGUCUGAUGUCCACCCACAUAAAAAGAGGUGAGGUACGUAGACCACUGCUUGUCUUCCACACAUACCGUCCACGCCCACGAAUCCUCUUUCACUGAUGUGCUUCUGCGUCCCCCUGAUCUGUAGACUCGCUAUCCCUGUGAGUAAUCCGAGUAGCUGUGUAGUGCAUCUGUGACCUUCUUGUGCAAGAGGUCCUCCACAGCCGGCCAGGUUUGUCACAUACGCGUGAGAUCAGCUGUUGUUUUCCAGUUCUUUCAGGUAAAUGGCAUAAAAAAAUGAGUCACAGCCAGCAGCAGCAGCAUCAUCCCGGGCAUUACGCUUUCCCUACCUUGAGAUGCUGAGAAAACGCAGCAUGUUUAAAAAUACAUCGGCGCUGGCCUAAUGACUGCUUAGAUUUGAUGAAUGAUUGUCUGGUUACAGUUGUAGUGAAAGCUGCACUCCAUCCACAUUUCAUUUUCCUCAAAGUGUCUUCCCUCGUCUCAAUGCGCUCAAUGGGUUGCCUCCCAUGGCCAAGCCGCGCGGCUUUUGUUUUCCGCUCAGUCCACCAACCUUAGCCAAACCAUUCACUGAGUCACACGUGCGCAGAGCAUCUGACGCGCUCCGCAUGAAUCGCUAUAAAAGCCCGGACUUUAAAAGGCUCGCCUCUGGCGCGUCUGCCUCCGAUCGGCACUUGACAACAGCGGCGAGCACAGCAUAACCGUGCAAAGCCUGUGGGACGGCAUUUAGCUGCAGCUGCAAGACAUCUAUCUAGUGCUGUUUCAUCACAACUUGGACUCUGCUUCAUAUCUAUGUAUGUGGUUUCUAGACAACAUCUUCUUUGUCAGGGAAAAUCAGGAAAGACGGUUUUUGGAAAGAUACAUGAUGUUUACAGUUCGAAAAUCUCUAAUCCCUGGCUCACAUCGUGCCACAGACCACACGAAGCUGUCCAUGUGUCCCAAUGUGCUCACCCCAGAUCGUAUUCCUGAAUUCUUUAUCCCUCCAAAACUAAGGUCCAUACACGCUGAUGACAGAGACUCAAAAGAAGAAAGUGGCACUAAUGCUCUGAAUCUUCCUAAGAGGGAUGUUAAGAAACAAUGGAACUUCCAAGAGAGAUACAGCAGUAACCAGUCUGCCACAGAGCACGAUUUGAUCAGAGCAGCACACCGACAUGUCAUUCAGAUUGAGAGUGCCGAGCUGGACACAGGAUUUGGCUCACAGUAUGCUGGUGAAGAGGAGACCAACAAGGAAGAGGAAGAAAGAAGAGAGAAGAAAACAUAUGGUGUUCAGUCGGCUAUCUCCAUGCCGCAGCUUACCCAGGGUGGACUGGCAUAUCUGCCUGAAAGCCCUCAUACACGACGGCGGGAGUCCUUGUUCCACUCGCCACAUGUGGCCCGUAAAUCUCCAACAGGGGAACAUUCUUCAUCUCUGACUCUUCAGAUGCCUUCUCCUGAACCAAGGCUGCACUUUGCAGGCCAAAGCCCUCAGUAUCUGGACAGUGAUACAACUUCUUCUGCUGAGUCUUCUCCUUUCAGUUCCCCUUUGCUUGGUCGUUCAUUAGCUGGAACAUUAGUGUGCCAAGCCUAUGCUAGUAGGCAACGUCUCUUUUGUAGAACUAUUAAUGCCAAAGCUGUAGCCCGUGCUAGCUCUCUAUCGACUGAUGAGGCGAGUUCAUCUGACAAUAGUCCUAUUGUGCCCAGAAAACUGAACGAAACGCGCUCCUUGUCCAGCGCUCCCAGCGGGGCCACUUUAGCACCUCCACCCCUCUUUCACCUCGACUUCAUCUGUUGUCACGAGCGACUCACCAAAGAGAACACCAUAUUGUUGGGUGGCCAGGAAAGGGGGAAGCUGAGACUCUCAGCAGAGUACAUUCGAGAGAGUGCCCGCCUGCGAGUGAGGGUGGUCAAUGCAGAAGGCUUAUACCCACCCAGCUUUGAGUGCAAGCAUGUGAGCUGCUGUGUCCUCCUGCACUUAAAGCCAGGCAAGACUCAGCGGCAAAAGAGUACGAUCAUCAAGAAAAGCCGGAACCCCAUUUUUAAUGAAGAUUUCUUCUUUGAGGGCCUUGGUGAGAAAGAUUUGCAGACCCGAUCACUGCGGAUCAAGGUGGUAAAUAAAGGUGCCAACAUGAAGAGGGACACUUUACUGGGAGAGUGUGAGCUUUCGCUUUGCUCCAUACUGCCGCCCUAAUAACCACAAUAUGUAUUGGGUAAACACUUGGAACAUUCAGAAUCUUGGUGGAUGUUUUUGACUAAAGCACAAUUUCAAAGAAAUUCAGCAGUAACAUCAGUAGAUGCUGUGGUGGCAUCACAGUGCUCUGUUAUUGAACAACCGAAGACAUUAUCUGAAGCUGAAACUGGUGAAGAGCAGGAUAUAGUCUACUUGUUGCUUGAUCGUUUUUUGAACUAAAAAUCAGUGUGUUAAAUUUGGGAUUCUGUGACGCUAAUUUAGUCACAGAUGGGCAUAUGCCAUCAGGUUUUACACCCCGUGAAUCGAUUUAGAUGCUCCUGGAUUAUUGGGUGGUACUUCAAUCUAGUUUUCUUGCAUGAUCAAGAUCCAUGAUGUACACGAUGACACAAAAAAGGAUGUGCAAAAUGGUUACAAAUACCGGGAAUUCUAUCUACCACUAGUCUGUUGGCCAUUAGACUCUGAAUCUCAGUCAGCCAUUUGUCACCAGACUCAUUGCUUUAAGGUUUGUUUUAAAUAUGUAAUUUUUUAAAGCAUUUUGUUAUUUCAGUGUUCUUUUAUUCAUACAAACUUUUGCAAGGACUCUGUAUUUAUUUUGGCUUUCAAAAAUGUGGCCUGUUGUUUAAAGAACUGGACUUCAGGUCAGGUUAGGUUCUCAUAUUGCAGCAUUGACCCACUGCAGGACUCUGAAGUCACUGACCUGGCCAGGCCCUCAUUCUCAAAUAGGAAAAUACGUGUUUGUAAUUUUAAUUUUACACGUGAAGCAUUUUGGGGUAGCGUUCACUAUGAAAGGCACUGCUUAGUAACAAUUUUUAAAGUAUACAAUCUCUAUUAAAUUUAUGGUGUAUGCAUGUGUCCACAUUUCAUUUUUUUUUGCUCAUUUGCAAUAUUUGUCUGCCUGUAGUCCUCAUCCAAUUUUAUAUAGAUUUCUAUUUUUGUAAUAAACUCAGUCUGAAAUGGA